GGUGACGCUCUUCUCUGUAUACGUACUGUCAUUAUUUUGAUUCGAGAGUUUACUUCUCUCUCUGUCUCUCUUUCUCUUUCUCUCUUUCUCUCUUUCUCUUUUGCUCUCUCUCUCUCUCUCUCUCUCUCUCCCUCUCUCUCUCUCUCUCUCUUUCUCUUUAGUACGUAGCCGAUAUAUCAUCGAAUUUACGCGUCGCGUAAUAGUUUAUAACUUCUCCAUAUAAAAAUGAGUUUCACACCGAGAACUUUCAAAGAGAAGCGAUCCUUCGCGCAAAGAGUGGCAGACGUAGAGGCUAUAAGAGAGAGACAUCCAAAUAAAAUUCCUGUAAUAGUCGAACGAUUUCCAGGAGAAAGACAAUUACCAAUAUUGGAUAAGACUAAAUAUUUGGUACCAGAUUUCUUAACGGUUGCCGAAUUCAUAAGAAUCAUCAGACGUAGACUACAGUUAAAUCCUACGCAAGCAUUCUUCUUGUUGGCUAAUAGAAGAAGUUUGGUAAGUGCUAGCAUGACUAUGUUACAACUUUACCAAAAAGAAAAGGACGAGGAUGGGUUCCUUUACAUUGUGUUUGCCAGCCAAGAAGUAUUUGGUCAUUAGUCAAUAAACAUCUAAUUGCGAGUUAAUACGAUAAUGUAA